AUGUCGGAGUCAGACGAUCAAAUCGAUGUUCGGCAUCGUCCUUCAUUGGAAAAGAUUAACGAUGACGAUGAAGGAUCGGAAGAUGCUGUGGCGAUGAAAAGACAGCUCAGUCUAUUCAACAGUAUAACUUUAAUUAUAGGUUCCAUUAUCGGAUCAGGAAUAUUUAUUUCACCUAAAGGUGUUCUAGGAGUACAGUGGUUCUGUUGGUGGUGCUUGAUUGUAUGGAGUCUAUGCGGUGUCAUAGCCACAAUGGGCGGUAUGUGUUACGCUGAACUGGGAUCAUCUAUCAGGAAAGGCGGAGGCGAAUAUACAUACCUUAACGAGGCAUUUGGUGAAAUCCUAGCAUUUUUGAUGCUGUGGGUGAAUUUUGUGAUUGUAACACCUGGUAAUACUGCUAUCAUCGCACAAACAUUCGCUACGUAUGCUAUAGUACCAUUUUAUGCGGACUGUGACCCUCCGCCAUGGGCGAUAACACUGGUAGCCGAGGCAUGUAUCGUUCUUGUGUUCGCCUAUAAUUGUUACAGUGUGCGUGGAUCUACGGCUGUGCAGGAUGUCUUCACUGUAGCUAAAGUGGGAGGUUUGAUGAUAAUUAUUGUCGGCGGUAUUGUGUUCCUUUUUAUGGGAUAUACGGAAUAUUUAGAAGAUGCAUUUAAGGGUCCUGGUACCAAUGUAUUCCGCCUGUCUUUGGCGUUUUAUAAUGGCUUGUUCGCAUAUGUUGGAUGGGCGAGCAUGAAUAAUAUGGCGGAAGAAAUUGUAAAUCCUCGCAGAAAUUUUCCUAUUGCGGCGAUCUCGUCAAUGACUAUCAUCACCGUGAUCUACGUGAUGACCAACAUAGCCUACUUCACCAUACUCUCACCACAGGAAAUGCUGGCAUCUGAUGCAGUUGCGAUCACAUGGGGAGAGUUAGCAUUGGGCCCGUUAGCAUGGCUGAUGCCCGUGGCUGUUGCUAUGUCAACAUUUGGCGCUGUCAAUGGCACUGCUUUAUCUAGCUCAAGAUACGUGUUUGUUGGUGCUAGAGAUAGAUUGCUGCCAACACUAUUAAGUAUGAUACAUAUCAAUUAUCUGACGCCGCUACCAACUCUUAUUGCCAUGAUGUUAAUUACUGGCUUACUAUGUCUAUACCAAGACACGAGCAGUUUAAUCAAUUAUACUGGUUUCUCGUAUUGGUUGUUUGUGGGUAUCGUCACUACUGGUUUAAUGUGGUUACGCUACAAAAGACCACAUAUGGAGAGGCCAUUCAAGGUACCCAUUAUAAUUCCUGAUAGUAUUCACACUUAUUUGUUAUUCCUUGGUUUUAUCUCUAUUUUUGCGGCGCCAUUCGAAGCAGUUAUUGGAACAAUUAUUAUACUGACGGGAAUACCAAUCUAUUUUUACGGAGUUGUGUGGAAAAACAAACCAACGUGGCUGAGACGUUUUCUCGACGGGUCUUUAGAGUUUCUACAAAGACUGAUGUUUGUGGUACAACAGGAAAAAGCAACCUAUUGA